GCAGCAACAGCAGCAGCAGCAGCAGCAGCAGCAGCAGCAGCAGCCAGGAGGAGCGGCAGCCGCUUGCAAGCACGCACGCACGGUGGCAGGAGAGAGUGCGGCGCUACCCCUGCCAGCCCUAGGGCACUGGAGGGAAGAGAGGAGAGAUGGAGCCAGGGCUGCCCGCAGAGACGCCGCCGGCCUCGGGUACCUGCCGCCCGCCGCCGGGCAGCGCCGGGACUCUGGCCGCCGCCGCGGCAUCCCGCCCCGACGUGGCUCCGCCGUGGUGCGGCGGCCCCCGCUGCUGCUGCUGCUGCUGCUGCCGCCGCUGCCCCGCGCCCGCCGCCCGCCCCGCCGACGCCGAGAGCGGCGCGGUCCCCGCCGCCCGUCCUGCGGCUCCUGGGGCCGGGGCCGGGGCCGGGGCCGCUCCGGCGGCGGCCCCGGCGGCGGUGGCGGCGGCCGCCGCGGCUCCUCCUCCUCCUCCGCCUCCUCCGCGUCCGCCGCCGCCGCCGCGGGGCCCUAAAGCCGCCCGGCUCAAGAGGAUGGUGCGGCUGGCUGCCGAGCUGCUGCUGCUGCUGGGGCUGCUCCUGCUCACCUUGCACAUCACCGUGCUGCGCGGCGGCGGAGAGCCGCACGCCCCCUCGGCUGCCGGCAACCACAGCCAGCGGCAGAACACACUGACUGCGGAGGACCAUUCUCAUGAAGACAGUUUCACCCUGAACCCCGAGGAGCGACGAGAAUACCCCAAUCUCCAGGCUGCCCACCGGCCAUUUCCUAAGGAGCAGUUCAGGCCGGAGAGCGGGCACACGUCCUUGCAAAGAGAUGGACCCAGGUCGUUUCUCCUGGACCUCCCAAACUUCCCUGACCUGUCAAAAGCAGAUAUCAAUGGGCAGAAUCCCAACAUUCAGGUUACCAUUGAAGUGGUGGAUAGCCCUGACACAGAGCCAGACAAGGACCUGCAGAAGGAGAGCAGCAAGCCCAGCUGGCCAGCCCCAUCACCUGACUGGAGGAGCUGGUGGCAGAGGUCCUCCACACUGACUCGCAUGAGCAGCGGUGACCAGGACUACAAGUACGACAGCACCACUGAGGACAGCAACUUCCUAAACCCUCUCGGUGGGUGGGACAGCCAUGCACCCAGUCACCGGGCAUUCGAGUCCAAGGAGCAGCCAGAGUACGAUUACGUUGAUGGCGAGGGCGACUGGAGCCCGUGGUCCCCGUGCAGCGUCACCUGCGGCGGCGGCAGCCAGAAGCGCACCAGGUCCUGCGGGUACGCCUGCACGGCCACCGAGUCCCGCACCUGCGACAGGCCCAACUGCCCAGGGAUCGAAGAUACCUUCCGGACAGCUGCCACAGAAGUGAGUUUGCUCGCAGGGAGUGAAGACUUCAAUGCAACCAAACUGUUUGAAGUUGUUUCCGUUUCCUGCCCUGAAACAGAUACUGAUAGCUGUGAGAGAUGGAUGAGCUGCAAGAGUGAGUUCCUGAAGAAAUACAUGCACAAAGUGGUCAACGAUCUUCCCAGCUGCCCUUGCUCCUACCCCAGAGAAGUUGCCUACAGCACCGCUGAAAUCUUUGACCGGCUCAAGAGGAAGAACUUCCGCUGGAAGGAUGCGAGUGGUCCAAAGGAAAAACUGGAGAUCUAUAAGCCCACAGCACGGUACUGCAUCCGCUCCAUGCUGUCCUUGGAGAGCACAACACUUGCAGCGCAGCACUGCUGCUAUGAUGACAACAUGCAGCUGAUCACCAGGGGCAAAGGGGCAGGAACACCCAACCUGAUCAGCAUCGAAUUCUCAGCGGAACUCCACUACAAAGUGGACAUCCUGCCUUGGAUCAUAUGCAAAGGGGACUGGAGCCGCUACAAUGAAGCCCGGCCUCCCAACAACGGGCAGAAGUGUACAGAAAACCCGUCAGACGAAGACUACUACAAGCAGUUUCAAGAAGCAAGGGAAUACUGAGAAGACUUUCCUUUUCUUCAGAUGCAAAAUAGCAUUCGUUUCCUGGAUGCCAAAGAACUGAUGAUGGCUGCUGCACUGGCUCCUCGACAGGGGUUGGUCAGUUCCUUUCUAAUGAAUGUAUAUAGUUGUAAUAUAAUACGUAAGUAUUUUUCACAGUGUGUGUAAUUUAUAAACACAUAUCUCUCUGUCUCACACACACCUAUUUUUGCAUACAGACAUACAUAAGUCUUGUCCUGAUAGGAUUUUAUACUGCAAUAACGUUCAUGUAAUAAUGUGCAUUUCAUUUUAUUUCCCAUCUGUAACCUAAUGAAGGGGGCUGGGGGGUAGCUGCCAUCACCAUCAGGCCCCAAAGCCCCAGCUGAGGAGGCACAUACUUAAAAGUUGUUAUAAACAAUAGGAUUGAAGAAUGUACUCUUCCAUAUGGGAAUGGUUUACAAGAUUAAUGCACCUACAGCAUCAGUUUUCUCUAUAAUUGGUUUCAUGACCAGUCAUAUCUAAGGAGGGAAGAAUUUUUUUUGGAAUAGUCAAAAGUGAAUAUAGAAAAUCCCUACCAAUUUUUCUCUUGGAAUUCUUCCUGUUACCUUCUAGCUCAGGUAUUUGCAGUCCACCUGGGGUAGGCUUGCAGGAAGAUGUAGCUGUGGUUUUCCUGCGGGCCAGAAAAAUGUCCUGGUGCGGUGGUUCUGCAAGAGUUACAAACAGCCCCCUCCUGGAGACAUCUCUGAUAUGGAGCUGCAGCUGCUGGGGCUUACAUCUCCAGAGCAGCUGUGAACCUGUGAACUGAGCAUGCUGUAAGUCUUUGGAGGAGUGAGGGCAGAGAAGGAAUCCAUGUCAAAGGACCAAAAAGAUCACAGUUCCUUCCCAGUUUUUAAUAUGAAGAAUGUUCAGAUCUGCUUGUUUCUUUCUUUUAAGAAAAG